CUUCCCACUUGUUGGGUUAAGGUGUACAAAUUCUUCUCCCGAUGAAUUUUCGAAGGCUUCAGCCUAAAAACACGUCUAGCUAUAGUUUUAUCGCCAGAAAAAGAAGAAGUAUACGAAAGAAAACAUAUUUUGUGGUAAAAUAACACACGAGGAAGAAAUUUCAACGUUUGAUUCCUGAAAGCAAUAUGCCCAAAGGAGACUCGAAGGGCAAAGGGAGUCGCGGAAAACGCGGACAGCAACCCAGAAAGAGAGGAAGAAGAGGAGGCGAAGACAGUGAUGAAGAAGAUUUUGAAAACCAAAGUGUGGCGAGUCAUACCUCAACACAAGACACUCGCAGCGGAGACGAAGCUGAUUGUUUCGACGAAGGAGUUGAAGAGGACAUUGAAGACGAUUUCGAGCAUACCCUUGCUGAAAAUAUUGAUGGUGCAACUCAGAAAAGUUCCAAGGGAAGGCAGUGUGCUCUGAUUGCUGUUCAGAAGGCUUUGAAAUCAAGGAUCAUUGGUGAAUUUAUCUCAGACAGGAAAAUAACUAUUCUGGAUUGUAUUGAGAAAUGUGUGAAAAGAGGGUUUCCUAUUGUGUUUGACUUUGAUGUGUGUGCAACAGCUCUUUCUGUCUGCUGUUUCAUUGCCAAUGAGGAUGCUGAUGAGCUCUUUGAAUGUCUUGGUACCCUGGAAGCGAUAUUUGACAACAAGAAGACUGUUAAAGCAGAUGAAGUGGGACUUUACUCCGGCAUUUUAUUAGCUUGGGCUCUCCUUCUUUCUGUGACACCUCCUCCAGAAGCUUACACCCUCAUUAACAAACAUUUAAGAAGGAUGAAAUUUCUGCUAGAGACAAGUGACCUCAGUGUGCGCAUUGCUGCUGGAGAGAUCCUUGCUCUUAUGUAUGAGAUGGGACGUGACAUCAAUGAAGACUUUGUUGGAGACAAUAAUGGCUUGUGUGACUUGUUGAGGGAUCUUGCUACAGAUGGAAACAAGCAUAAAGCAAAGAAGGAUCUCAGACAACAGCGAUCAAGCUUUAGAGACAUUUUAAGAACUGUUGAGGAUGGUGUUUCACCAGAUGAGGUGGUGAAGUUUGGAACAGAAAGCGUUGCAUUACACUCCUGGGUUCGAAGAAGACAAUACUCUGCUAUGAAGGAAAUCCUGGGAACUGGAGUGACCAUUCACUUACAGGAGAAUGAUUUACUUCGAGACAUAUUUGACCUGGGACCGCAAGUGAAAUCCUCAGAAGUUCAUAAAUGCUCACGUUAUGAAAGACAACUUUACAAUAAUGCUGUCUCCAAGGCAAGAACUUUGGUUCGUGGAAAGAACAGGGAUAAGAGGAAUGUAUCCAUGAUGUACUAGUCAUAUGGCAGUCUUAACUUACACUUUAAUUAAUGCUAGUUAAUAACCUAACACACCAAAGUUAUUAUAUUGUACUUAGCUCAUUGUUGUUCAUGAUGAGUUUGCAGAACAAGCAGUGGUGUUGUAGCCCUGGAGAGAUUUCAAUUUUUCCUUGAAAUGAUUCCUAACUUCACAUGUGGCAGUGGUACAUUCAAUUCAUUUACUAGGUCACAAGAUUUUGAAACUAUAGUCACAACAUAUAUAUUGCAUGGGAUAGUACAAGCCCUCGUAUCUGUAGUAGUUGUAGAUACAAGUUUGAUAUGUAGAGGAGUUGUUGAUAUGGAGAUUGUUUUUAAUUAUUGGCUGCAGGUGUUGCCAAAAAUGUGUUUAUUGACCUGGCUGACUUAAUAUGAAAACUUAAUAGGCCAUACACUUUAUUGUGAGACUAUGUAGUGAAGAAAUGGUUAAAGAAAAACACUCCUCAACUGAUGGGCAAAUGGUUUGUGUAGGUUUCCCUUCUCUCUGGGUCAUUUAUGUUACUGUGUUGGAGCCAAGUCAGCUAACAGAUUAGACUUAGAUUGAAUGGUUUGUGUAGGUUUCCCUACUCUCUGGGUCAUUUAUGUUACUGUGUUGGAGCCAAGUGAGCUAACAGAUUAGACUUAGAUUGAAUAUGUUAUUGAUAAUAUAUUUUACAUAUCCUUUCAAAGCUGUAAUGCAUGCGAAAUUCUAAAAGCAAUUUUUUUAAUAUUUAAUGACAAAUCAAGAUAUUGUCUGAAAAGUAUGACAUAACUGAAGAACAGCAAUUUAUUAAUUUAUAUUAAUAAUCAUGAAAUUUCCAUACUGAUCUCAAUCUCCUAAAGGUACUGAGAAGGAGAAGUUGUUUGACAGUUGAAAGCUUCUUUAGUUGGUUAUUCAUUUCCAUUUUCUUGUGACCUUGAUGCAUGAUUCUGGGGUGAAUUGUAACAAGAAAUUAGAUCCUAGUUACUCCUAAGGUGAGUGGGAGUAAAGGAGAAGGUUGCCCAACUAUAUGAUUUAAAUCUCUGCCAUUUAAGAGAAUGCUUUUAACUAAAUCACUGAUGGCAUUUUAAGAUUCAAAAAGGUUACUCAACCUUUCAAAAUUGUCUACAUUUGUAUUGAAAAUUUAGGAAUGGUUGAUGCCAUUUUUAUUGUUACUCAAGAACAUUAUUGUUUAUGGGCUCGUUGGUUUCUUUUUCUGUCUUUUGUUGAUCAGUUGAACAAUUAGGAGCUACACAAAAAAGCCUUCUGGACUUAAUGAUGAUUGAUUGCAAUCUAGGGAGCUACAGCUGUAUUAGAACUCUUUGUGUUAGGAUUUUGUGAGUGUGAUCUGUAGAUAAAUCAAUUGUUUUGUAAAUGGUGGUAUCCCAAAGUUUAAUUUAUUAGCACAUUUGAAUUGACUCUCAGGAAUCUCAAAAUGUGAUAAGUGUUAAAUUUUGAUGCAUGCAUUUAGUGGCAAAGGUGAAUAUGUUAUGGUUUCUGUGGCAAACUUCCUUGAAAGGAUUGUGGCUUUUUUCAUAGGAUGUAGUACAAUGAUAAUUAAGUAUUAUCAUCUGUGUCACAAUGUAGUGGCAGUGACUGCUUUGUGAGACAAAGGUUAACAUUAAGUAAACACAAGUUAAGAAUGUAGUUGUUGUAACUAAGAGAGGCCAUAAAUUACAUGUUUACGUAUUUAGCCUUUAAAGAAUGCUUGGAUAAUUGUUUUUUUGGCUGCCGGGGAAUGUACUAGGUCGUACUUUUUUCUCAAACUCAGAAGUUUUACCCCUUUGAUUAGGGAAAUAAUGUAGUUUUAAUAAUGCUGAUGCAGAAUAUAUGGGAAAUUGUGAGUAGGUUAGUCACUAUUCCUUUCUGCAAUAGCUCAUAAAGGUAACAAUUUAGUUUUUGAAUGCGUAAUAUCACAUAAACUAGCUGGUCUAGGUAUGCCAUGCACUGCAAAUGUUUCAAAUUACUUAGAAGGAAAGUUCUAUUUUACGUGGUGGUAUAUUGUAAAUAUUGAACCAAAUGCUUUAAUAAAGGUCAAGUGUUAAAAGCUCACUGGGUGCCUUUUGAUGCAAGUUACACGGUUUUACAACCAUAAAGAUGCUGCAAAUAUAUUUGCUACUCCUUGAGGGAAUACUCGUCCACCACUGGAAAUUUCCCAGCUAUUCAUUGGAGGAGGAGGGGGGGGGGUACUUAGGUACUGGCAUUGAUCCCAUGCCGCAAUGACCCGACUACGGGUGUUCAACACGGUGCUAUCGCUAGUCUCACGCAUUUUUUUCAUGCAAGUAUUUAAUUUGUUAAAAACAAAAACAAAAAGAGAAAGGAAUAAAUAAUUUAAAACUGUA